AUGAUAUUAGUUUUAGCAGUAGGUCUUAUAUCCCCGAUAAAAUUCAAUGAGACUGAUAGAGAACACGCUACAUUGGUGAACGAGAGCUCUAAUGCGAAUUGGACCAAUUGUAGUAAUUUUGUAGCUAACACUACUUUGGAUCCUAAUUCCAUUAUUGAUAUCGACUGGACGAUCUUCUACUUCUGGAGCUUAGAACACGAGGAUAGCUACACCAUGAGGUUCAGCGUACCAGAUGUAUUGUUAUUGAAGAGAAUAAGGGAGACCAUACCGUAUGAACCACAUCCCGCGGUGAACUGGUCGAACGCAGAGCUUUAUAUGGAGACGUCCAUUGACAUGAGCGGCGUGUACUUCAAGACUGAUACACCAGGACUGUACCGGCUCAUACCGACGUUGUUUACAGAAUUGCAGGUCACCGAAAAACUUAUUUUUGGAAUAAAACUUGUGGAUGGAUACCUUGGCUUGAUGAACUGCCGAGGACAAAUAGCGUAUGCCUUAGCACCAGUGUCGAAAGUACCCAAGAUAGAUGAGCUACAUGGAGCUGCAGCUAGAAUUGGGUUUUGGAACCCAUUCGGCCGUUCCUACCUUACCCAGAAGAAGGAGACGUACUUCAAGGAGGAGGAACCAGUUCCGGCUGACUUGGAUGAUGAUGAUGAUGAAGUGCAAAUGGAAAUAGCUAAAGAUAAAGCAGCUUUUGAUAUUUUUUGA